GAGAGAAAAAAAGAAACAUUAAAAAAAUACUAAAACAAGUUCUCAUUCUUUAUUUUGUUUUCACUCCUGGAAGAGAAAGAAACCAAGAAAGAGAAACAAAACAUUUAUCCACUGCUGCUAUCUUGAUCUUAUUUGUUCUUGUUUAUUCUUGUGCUAGGAGGUUGAAGAAAUGAAAGCUAAAGGAGGAUGUGUAGGAAAUCACUUUACACUGAAUAAUGGGACGAAAAUUCCUGCGGUAGGACUUGGGACAUGGCAGAGUGGAGGAGACCUUUGCGUCGAAGCUGUAAAAACUGCUCUAGAAGUUGGAUAUCGUCAUCUAGAUUGUGCCCAUCUUUAUGGAAAUGAAAUUGAAGUUGGUGAAGCACUUUUAGAGGCUUUUCAUGGUGGACUAAGUAGGGAGGAGAUUUUUUUGACUUCUAAGCUUUACUGUACUACCAAUUCUAUCAGGAGGAUAGAGAAUUCGGUAAGGGUUUCUCUUAAGAAUCUAGGAGUUUCUUACUUGGAUCUCUACUUGGUACAUUGGCCUGAGAAUUCAGCCUUUGGUGACGCAACUGACCCUCCAUCCAAUUUGGGUAGUGAGUACAGACAGUUUUCACAGAGACUGCAACCUACAUGGAAGGCAAUGGAAGGCUUAAUAGAGCUUGGUCUGGUUAAGUCUAUUGGAGUUAGUAAUUUUGACGUGCAGCAGAUCAAUGAACUUCUCCAAUUUGCUAAAAUUGUUCCAGCGGUCAAUCAGGUGGAGUUGCAUCCUUUCUGGAGGCAAGAUGAAUUAGUGAAAUUCUGUCAACUGAAAGGCAUACAUGUAUCUGCUCACACACCUUUAGGGGUACCUAUUUCAAGUCAGGGAUUGUCCGACACUGGAUCCAGUGGUGAAGAAGAACCAGGGACCCCUCGCAUAUCAUUCAGAAGGUCGAGAUCAGUUCACGGACCUAUGCUGAAAAUAUCUGUUGUUGCCCAAAUAGCAGAGCGGCAUAAAAAGACCCCUGAGCAGGUUAUUCUUCGUUGGGGACUACAGAGAGGAACCUGUGUUCUUCCAUGCAGCUUGAAACCUGACAGAAUUAAAAAGAACAUUGAUAUUUUCAGCUGGUCUCUCUCAGACGAUGAGUUUAAUAGAUUAAACAGGAUCGAACCUCAGGUAUGUUUGUAUGGAAAUGGUGUUGUAAAUACUUCAGAGAGUGGAUUUUCAUCUGGAAGUGGACCCCUCCAAGCUGUGCAUGAGAUGGAAGAUGAUAUGGAAUACAAUGCUUGAUGUUUAUACAAAUACUGAUGUACUUCAUACAUUUUAACUCCAGAACAUAUAUGUUCAUGCUACAUAAUAACUAUACACCAUUCACCAACACUUGAAAGUUUUUCUUCUUUUACUGCUCGUCUGUCUAAACAAAUAGGGCGCUAUAUGGAUUUAUAAAUAAAUAAAACCUCUCUUUUUUAUUCA